AUGCUUGUAAAUCCAGACUUCAAGGAUGAAAUGGAGUACAUGCCUUAUCAUGAGUGGAAGGGAGAGGGAGAUGAUGCAAAAUGGCAGUGGCACAAUGUGAUGUCAGGAGACUGGGCAUGGAAUCAAGCUGAUGAAAUAGCCAAAGAUCCAGCAACACAUGGCUCGACCUUUGUGCCCAUUCUUCUCGGAAGCGACAAGACAACGGUCUCAGUUGCAACUGGGCAAAACAACUAUCAUCCCCUCUAUGCCUCAAUUGGCAAUGUACACAAUAGUGUUUGGUGUGCUCAUCAUAAUGCUGUUGCUGUCGUUGGCUUUUUAGCCAUACCAAAAAAUGCGCAUUUUCGAAAAUUUAAGAAACAAUUGCUUCAUUCAUCUCUCUCACAAAUACUGCGCUCUUUCAAGACCUUCAUGACUGUUCCAGAGGUCGUGCGCUUUGGGGAUGGUCACUUUCGACGUGUCAUCUAUGGCUUGGGACCAUACAUCGCGGAUUAUCCAGAACAGGUCGUACUUUCUUGUAUUGUGUCAAAUUGGUGUGCUAAAUGUCUUGCUUUUCCAACAGAUCUAGAUGGCAAAGAUGCCCAACUUUGUGCUCGAGUAGUCACAGAUGUCCUUUGUGAUAAUGUUGACUUCAAUACUCUGUGGUGUCAGUGGGGUGUUGAUGCUGACGUCGUGCCAUUUACAAAUGACUAUCCACGCACCAACAUCCAUGAACUUCUGUCCCCCAAUAUCCUGCAUCAACUUAUCAAAGGUACCUUCAAAGACCACCUUGUCACCUGGGUUGAGAAGUACUUGGAAUGCAUACAUGGGAAGACUUGCACCAAGGUGGUGAUUGAUGACAUAGAUAGAAGAAUCGCUGCAGCGCCAUCAUUCGCAGGCCUUCGCCAGUUUCCUCAAGGCCGUGGUUUUACUCAGUGGACUGGUAACGAUUCAAAGGCCUUGAUGAAGGAUAUUAUUACAGAGGACACACUUAAGGAAAUCGAGGAAGCGGACUGGUUUCAUCAUUAUCACAAGAUUUUUCAAGAGACCGGUGUUCCUUUUGACAGAUUCUCAUUACCGCGUCAGCAUUCCCUGGUGCACUAUGGUACACUUAUCUGCAUGUUUGGUGUGCCGAACGGUGUGUGUUCAUCCAUUACAGAGUCAAAACACAUCAAGGCUAUGUUGCUUACAAACCAGCGCCUUGAUAAACUCGCUGCUGCACAUACCGACUUCAUAGCACGUGGAAUGUUAGGUCCACAUCCUGAUAUCGGCCCACAACACCCAUUGCAGGACAAUGGCAAGGCGGACAAUGGUGGUGAAGCAGACGAGAGGAGUGAGGAAGCAGGCAAGAGGGGUGAGGCAGAUGAAAGUGACAAGGAAGACGAUGGUGCAGUAGAGGGAGCCCGAGCGCAUUGUGAUGUGAAACUGGCACGCAUACCUUUGCUUGCCCGAUUUGAAGGCCGCAUCGAGGUUUUUGGCUUGGCAGCAGCUACUUUCUUUGGGCCAAGUGAUCCAAGUGGUAUUGGGGGAAUGCGACGUGAACAUAUUCGUUCUGUCCCUUUGUGGCGCGGAGGGCCAGGACACUAUGACACCGUAUUUGUGAACACCCGAAGUGAGGAUGGAAUACAUGGUAUGGAGGUUGCCCAUGUGUUAUGUUUCUUUUCCUUUCAUUAUGGCCAUGAUUUGGAGACUUUUCCAUGCGCUCUGGUACACUGGUUUAAGCUGAUCUCUGACGAGCCCAAUCCUGGAAAUGGAAUGUGGAUGGUCAAGCCAUCAUUUCUCGACUUGGAACUGCACACUCGGUAG